AUGGGUAGGAUCCCAAGCACCGAGGAAGCAGAAGUUCCACAAUCUGGUGAACCAGUAGCUUCUUUCCCUCCAACAACUGGUUCAUUUCCGGCACACUACCAAGCAGAAGAGAGUUCAUCAGUUGGAAUACCCUGGAGCACUGGAUUGUUUGACUGCGAUCAGCACCAAACAAAUGCGGUUAUGACAGCAUUUUUACCUUGUGUGACGUUUGGUCAGAUAGCAGAGGUACUGGACGAGGGAGAACUGACCUGUCCUCUGGGGAGUUUCAUUUAUGUAUUGAUGAUGCCUGCACUGUGCUCUCAGUGGAUCAUGGGCUCAAAGUAUAGAACAAAGCUGAGGAAGAAAUAUAAAUUGGUGGAAGCACCAUACGAGGAUGUGAUCUCUCAUUUCUUUUGCCCAUGUUGUUCCCUUUGUCAAGAGUUCAGAGAGCUCAAGAACAGAGGACUUGAUCCAGCUUUAGGAUGGAAUGGGAUCCAAGCUGAACAGCAAGGAAAGGUGUAUCGGGAUCGACAAUUUCAGAAUCCUCCUCCAACUCAAGCAAUGUACAAGUAA